ACAAAUUAUCGAUGACCGAUAAUAAAGGUAUAUUUAAACUGGCCCUGAAUGGUCGCACAUUUGUUGCUUCAGCUUCACGUUGAGUCGCGUUUUUUUUUUGUUUUGCUCCUUGGUUCCUGUUUUUCCCAUUUCUAAAAACAGUGCAAGCCGUCACAGGGAACAAUAAAACCAGGAAAACCGGGUAAUUCCAACUAAAGUAAUUUCACGAUGCACUGAAGAACCGCCGAACAAGGAACGGGCAAUUCAGCCCAUUAAAAUUCACACAAGGCAGCUGCUAUUUAAUGUUAUUUAUAAGCGGAUGCGAUUCUUAAACUUUCCGCGCAUGCCAAACAUUAUGAUGUUCCUGGAGGUUGCGAUCUUAUGCCUGUGGGUGGUCGCAGACGCAUCGGCCAGUUUGUCCAAGUUCGGCAGCACAACGCCUACGAGUGCGCAGCAGUCGGAUGUGGAACUGGAGCCCAUCAAUGGGACUCUCAAUUACCGGCUGUACGCCAAGAAGGGCAGGGAUGAUAAGCCCUGGUUUGAUGGCCUGGACAGCAGGCACAUCCAGUGCGUUCGCCGAGCCCGCUGCUACCCCACCUCGAACGCCACCAGCACCUGUUUUGGCUCCAAGCUACCCUACGAGCUAAGCAGCCUUGAUCUCACCGAUUUUCACACCGAAAAGGAGCUGAACGAUAAGCUGAACGACUACUACGCCCUGAAGCACGUGCCCAAAUGUUGGGCUGCCAUACAACCCUUUUUGUGCGCCGUCUUUAAGCCGAAGUGUGAAAAAAUCAACGGCGAGGACAUGGUCUACCUGCCAUCUUACGAAAUGUGCCGGAUUACCAUGGAACCCUGUCGCAUUUUGUACAACACGACGUUUUUCCCAAAAUUCCUUCGCUGCAAUGAAACACUCUUUCCGGCGAAAUGCACAAACGGAGCACGAGGAAUGAAAUUCAACGGAACUGGCCAGUGCUUGAGUCCAUUGGUACCGACAGAUACGUCAGCCAGCUAUUAUCCUGGCAUCGAAGGCUGCGGAGUGCGAUGCAAGGAUCCACUCUAUACGGAUGAUGAGCACCGGCAGAUUCACAAGCUGAUCGGUUGGGCUGGCAGCUUAUGUUUUAUUUCGAACCUGUUCGUGGUCUCCACCUUCUUAAUCGACUGGAAGAAUGCGAACAAGUACCCGGCAGUGAUUGUGUUCUAUAUAAAUCUUUGCUUUCUAAUUGCAUGCGUCGGCUGGUUGCUGCAGUUUACAUCGGGAUCACGAGAGGACAUAGUAUGUCGUAAGGAUGGAACACUUCGCCACUCAGAGCCCACCACCGGCGAAAAUCUUUCUUGCAUAGUGAUCUUUGUGCUGGUCUAUUACUUUCUCACCGCUGGAAUGGUUUGGUUUGUGUUCCUCACCUACGCCUGGCAUUGGAGGGCCAUGGGCCACGUCCAAGAUCGCAUCGAUAAGAAAGGUUCCUACUUUCACCUCGUGGCCUGGUCACUACCUCUUGUGCUUACCAUUACCACGAUGGCUUUCAGUGAGGUGGAUGGAAAUAGCAUUGUGGGCAUCUGCUUCGUAGGCUAUAUCAAUCAUUCUAUGAGGGCAGGACUACUUCUUGGUCCGCUCUGCGGUGUGAUCCUCAUUGGUGGAUACUUCAUCACCCGAGGCAUGGUGAUGCUUUUUGGACUGAAACACUUUGCUAAUGACAUUAAAUCCACUUCGGCGAGCAACAAAAUACAUUUGAUCAUCAUGCGUAUGGGAGUCUGUGCUCUGCUCACUUUAGUUUUCAUACUGGUGGCCAUUGCGUGCCACGUUACGGAGUUUAGGCAUGCAGAGGAAUGGGCCCAGAGCUUCAGACAGUUUGUAAUCUGUAAAAUUUCUUCAGUUUUUGAAGAAAAAAGUUCAUGUCGAAUCGAAAACCGGCCUAGUGUUGGUGUGCUUCAAUUGCAUUUGCUGUGUCUCUUUAGCUCUGGAAUUGUCAUGUCCACCUGGUGCUGGACACCGUCUUCAAUUGAGACUUGGAAGCGUUAUAUACGAAAAAAGUGCGGCAAGGAGGUGGUCGAGGAAGUCAAAAUGCCCAAACACAAGGUCAUUGCCCAGACAUGGGCCAAGCGCAAGGAUUUCGAGGACAAGGGCAGGCUCUCCAUAACGCUCUACAACACUCACACCGAUCCCGUGGGACUCAACUUCGAUGUGAACGAUCUGAACUCUUCUGAGACAAAUGACAUCUCCUCAACUUGGGCUGCAUACCUCCCGCAGUGCGUAAAACGUCGCAUGGCUUUGACGGGAGCAGCGACAGGUAACUCGUCAAGCCAUGGACCGCGAAAAAACUCUUUGGAUUCCGAGAUAAGUGUUAGCGUGCGACAUGUUUCCGUUGAAUCGCGCAGAAAUUCGGUGGACUCACAGGUAUCAGUGAAAAUAGCUGAAAUGAAGACGAAAGUGGCAUCCAGAUCGAGGGGAAAACACGGAGGGUCUUCCAGCAACAGGAGAACUCAAAGGAGAAGGGAUUACAUAGCAGCUGCAGCUGGAAAAAGCAGUAGGAGAAGGGAAAGCAGUACUUCGGUGGAGUCGCAGGUCAUUGCGCUCAAGAAAACGACCUAUCCCAAUGCUAGUCAAAAAGUGGGCGUGUUUGCUCAUCACAGCUCCAAAAAACAACACAAUUACACCAGCUCCAUGAAGCGAAGGACGGCUAAUGCCGGAUUGGAUCCCUCUAUUCUUAAUGAAUUCCUGCAGAAAAAUGGGGAGUUUUUAUUCCCAUUCCUGCAAAAUCAAGAUAUGAGCUCUAGUUCGGAGGUGGAUAAUUCGCGAGCAUCCCAUAAGAUUCAGGAUCUUAACGUGGUUGUAAGGCAGGAGGAAAUAAGUGAGGAUGAUCACGAUGGAGUUAAGAUUGAAGAACUGCCAAAUAGCAAACAGGUGGCAUUGGAGAACUUUCUUAAAAACAUAAAAAAAUCGAAUGAAUCCAAUUGUAAUCGACAUUCCCGCAAUUCCGCAAGAAGUCAGUCUAGAAAGUCCCAAAAGAGGCAUCUCAAGAACCCUGCUGCAGAUCUGGAUUACAAGAAGGAGUGCGUAACGUAUCGGUCUAAUGACUCACUAAGCUGCUCCUCUGAGGAACUGGACGUUGCUUUGGACGUAGGAAGCCUUCUUAACAGCUCGUUUUCUGGAAUAUCCACGGGCAAACCACAUAGCAGGAACAGCAAAACCAGCUGCGAUGUGGGCAUUCAGGCUAAUCCCUUCGAGUUAGUUCCCAGUUACGGAGAAGACGAACUGCAGCAGGCCAUGCGACUCCUAAACGCAGCCAGCAGACAAAGAACUGAAGCAGCUAAUGAAGAUUUCGGAGGAACAGAGCUGCAGAGCUUAUUGGGUCAUUCCCAUCGGCAUCAAAGAGAGCCCUCGUUUAUGAGCGAGUCGGACAAACUCAAAAUGUUAUUGCUGCCUUCGAAAUAGCAAGACUAGAUGAGCAAUUAAUGCAUUUACUUAAGGUUCCAAAUCUCUUACAAGUUUUUUAUUGUUGUUCUAAGAAAUGAAAUAUUUUUAGCAACCGAAAAAUUUGGUUGGAAGCCAGGAAAUUUUCGUGUCCCUGUUGUCUUUAUCAAUUUUACGAAACCUGUAUUAUUGUUAAUUUAAACUGUUCAGCAAUUUGUAUGAAUUUAUUGCUUCAGAAGAAUUGGAAACCCAAAUGAUAUUUAAAACAAACAAGUAUAAUAUUGUAACGAAACUUAAGUAGAACCGAAACCAGAGCAUGCUUACCUUCUAAUUUGUAUGCAGUUUACAUGCGAUGAACAUUUAGAUUUUUCUUAAUUGAUUACUUGAACAGACUGAGCGAAACUAGAACUACGAAUUACGAAUACUCAUAGUCUCUAAGCGGCAAACUUUAUUUUACAAAUUCAUCUUCUC